AUGAAUUCUUCAACACCUAUUCGAUAUCGAAAGUCAACUGAUGGUUCAACAUCAACUAAAAUUUAUGAUCAAAUUAAUACGUCACACACCGAAGAAUAUGUGCUUGGUGAUAUUGCAAAAGAAGCUGAACUUCGUCUUCAACAACAACGUGAACAAAAUCGUGAAGCACGUCAUAUUCGACAUAAAGAAUUAGAAAAGAAUGCUCGAGAUGAAGAUGGUGAAGACUCAUCAACAAUACAUUUUAUUACUUCAUCGGCAUCAACGGGAUCGAACAAAGUAAAAAAUCAAAUGAUAAAUAUGAAUAGUAUAAUAGGAGCAAAUACUCAUUCGUCGUUACUUCAAAAAUUUCUUAAUGGUGAUAUUGAUCUGCGUUCCAUCGAACAACGUGAUUUACGACGUUUAUUGAGUGAACUUGAAUCGAAAUAUAAAUCCUUAAUGAUAAUUAAUUCCAGCAUGUAUAAUGAAAAACAGGCAUUACGCUAUGAAGUUGAUACAUAUAAAGAUCGAUUAGAUGAAUAUUAUGAAACAUUCAAUCACAUUAAAAGACAACUAAAAGAAAAAUGCAAAGACUUUGAUAUACAAAAACGAACAUUGAUCGAUUUAAAAGAGGACCAUAAACAUUUAAAAGAAGUUUUAAUUGAUUGUGAAAAAUUAAUUCAAGAGACAGAAAUGGAAAUUUGCCUAGAUGAAGGCCCAAAAUAUCGAUCUAUUUUAUCGAUGGAGUUUCAUUCUCAAGCAAUAUUUCAAUCAUCUAGUUCUCCUAUUAAUCGACCAAUUGAUGAAAAAGUUAAAAGAAUAUUGAUGGAAAAGCGUGAUCAAGUUGAACAAAUUAAUAAAUUAAAAUUAGAAUUGGAUGAAACAAGAAAUCAAUUAAAAAUAUUAAAACAAAAAAUUCCAAAUUCAAUUGGUUUUCAUGAUGAAAAUAUGAGUAACGUUUAUGAUUGCGAACAACAAAAACAAUUAAUAAGGCAAAUAACUGAUCUAAAUAAUAAACUACAACAAUUAGCAGCUGAUAAUGGAUCAUUACAACAAGAGAAUAUACGUUAUGAAGCUCAACUUACACGAUAUAAACAGCAAUUAGACGAUGCAGAGCGCAUUGAAGAUGAAUUAAAACAAGAACGUAGACGAUUACAACGCGAGCUUCGAAUUGUCAGUGAUAAUUUAGAAAAUGAACGUACACGGAGCGAUGUUUUACAACGAGAGAAUGAACGUUUACGUACAUUACGUAACAAAGAUCUACUCAAUAACAGUAACGAUAAACUUGUUCUAUCAAGAUCACAUUCACCAUUAUUACCAACAAAUUCCAAUGAUAUUCAAUCAAAUUCCCCUAUGGAAGAUCCUACUUAG